CUUUCAGUCCAUCUCGACUAGUGAUUUCUGCUGCCAAAAAUGAGAUCUCAGGCAGGAAGAUGAGGGAGGGAAGUGGGAACGGCUGCAUUGUUCUGCUCACUUGAUGCAUUUGCUGGUUUCAACUUCUAGAGAAGAAGCAGUGGUAUCAUCAUUACCCACUACAAUCAUCCCCUUAGAGGAACCAUCCUGAAAUCCUGGAGGAGAAGCUCAUUACAGGGUAGCAGGAGAUAGAAGUGUUAUCAUGGAAAGGAUAUGGACCCUAAAUACGGUUUACACUGCUGCCCAUGGACAGUAUGGAGGGGGCAACUCCAUGUGGUCUAAGGAUAAUUAACAACAUGGGAGCGUGGAGAACAUGGCCAUUUGUGUUUUUGAUUUUUCUUUUUAAAGAUGCAUUAAAUAAGGACAUUGAUAUGUUUGUCCAGCUUGGAAGCGCUAUUACUGCCUGGGAGGGUUCCUGUGCUGUUUUGUCAUGUAAAAUUCGCACUCAUCGCACCAUUGCCAAUUUCACGUGGUAUUAUAAUCCAGAAUAUGACGUGGCAGCAAAGACUUUUAAAGGAACAAUUGUUUAUCAAAGCACAAAGAAUGCAGAGCUGAACAUUCCCUUUGCAGACAGAGUACAAUAUGUAGGAACGGAUGAAAAGAACUGCACCAUCCUAAUAACAAACCUCACAAGACAGGACAGUGGAUCAUAUCAGCUGAGACUGAUGGGAAAAGAUUGGAGAUGGAUGUCGAAAUCUAUGUUGAACCUGACAGUAUCUGAUUCUGGCCCGGGAUUGAAGUUACAUCAAGUUCCUGAAAUGCAAGAAAACCAGAAGGUGGCAUUAACUUGCUCCAUAGAUUAUGAUUGUCCCUUUUAUGACAUGACUCUGACUUGGCUUCAGAAUGUAAAUGGAAAAGAGGAGAUGAUCCUUAAGAAGGACAUAGGUGAGGAGAGAAGCACCACCACCAAGCUGACGUUUGUUCCAUCAUGGAAAGACAACAAUAAAAUGAUCACUUGUCUUCUUCAAAGGAUGAAUGGGGCAAAUGACAAUAGGACCAUCCAGCUCGAUGUGAAAUAUGCUCCUCAAAAUGUCAAAAUUAAGGCAGAGAGUCCUAUAAAAAUCGUAGAAGGAAACACGACAACACUGGAAUGUUCGGUGGAAAGUAGCAAUCCGCCAAAUCCUACAAUCAUAUGGUACAAAAAUAACCAAAGAUUGGAUAUAAAAGCAAAUAGAGAACAAUUUGAUGAAUCAGGACGUUAUUAUUGUGAAGCUAAAAAUAGAGUGAGUGCGAAAAAAUCGAAUACAGUGGAAAUCUCUGUGCUGCAUGCUCCGAAACAUAUAUUUAUUCAGAAACCAAAAGAAAACAUUAAAGAAGGAUCGAAGGUUUCUCUGAAUUGUUCUACGGUUGCUAACCCGCCGGUCUCCCGUUACAUCUGGUACAAGAAUGAACAGCUGUGUUUCAAUAGCACCGACAGCCGCUAUAGCUUCACUAGGAUAAGAGAGAAUGACUCUGGAUCUUAUGUGUGUGAAGCUUCUAAUGAUCAAGGUACGAGCAGAUCUUCACUCACGAAGCUGGAUGUAAAAUAUCCACCAAAGAAUGUGAUAGUUGUCAUCAAACCAGAUUCCAAACAAUUCCGCGAAGGAACAUUGGUCACUUUUGAAUGCGUUGUGAAUAAUAGCAAUCCAGAUGUAACAUACAUUGCAUGGCGCAAAAAUAAAAUUCUUCUUUCCCCAUUUUCUGAAAAGAAGGCCAUAAGGGCUGAAGAUGCUGGAAUGUACACUUGUGAAGCUACCAACGAAAUAGGGAAAUCUCCUUCCGAUGAGGUUUUUGUAGAGGUUCUUUAUCCACCAAAGAGUUCAUCAUGUACGAUUCCAAAUGGGACUAACAAAAGAGAACAUAAAGAAGCUAUUCUGAAAUGUCCAUCCAUGCAAAGUAACCCCAAAAUUAGUAGCUAUGAAUGGUUCAAAAGCAGCAAACUGUACAAAACAACCAACUCAGAUUCUCUGUACUUUCCAAAUGUGCAAUGGACAGAUUCUGGAUAUUACUCAUGUAAGGCGAUAAACGCUCUCGGAAGUAGCCCAGAAGCCGAAUGUGCUUAUCUUCGGAUAGAGUAUGCUCCAAAAAACGUGUCAAUAAGUGUGUCUCCUGGAAAUUUUGUAACGGAAAACACAAACGUCCAGUUGACCUGCACUGCUAACGCUUAUCCCAGCAACAACCUCGAGUACACCUGGUACCACAAAGAUCAGGCUCUGCAGAAAUCGGAAAAGGGAUUUGUUCUACCCAACGUACAAAUGAGCCAUGCGGGGGAGUACUACUGCGUCGUACAGAACGGGAUCGGAUCCAACAAGUCACAGGUGGUCCAUCUUCACGUGUCAUACCGCACAUACACCAUCGCCAUGUACUCAGCCGCAGGCAUCGGGCCAUUGAUCGCCAUAAUAAUAAUUGUCGCUUUGAUCGUCCAUUUUGGGGUCUUGCAGAAGACGUGUAGGAAGACGGACAAUGACAGAAGUGAUUCUGCAUUUUUUGUUUUAAAAAAGAAACACAAUGAGGUAUCAGACCAACUUGAACAAGAUGCUCCAUCAGAAGACAGUCUUACAGAUCGGAUAAAUUAUGCCAGUCUUCAGUUUCCUAUGUCCUCUAAUGGUGGACAGAACCAGCCCAGGAGAAAUCCAAAUCAUCCGGAACCGAACGACAUUUACAGCGUUGUGCAGAAGCCCAGGAGCACGGCUGAGUACGAAAACAUCGAGUCUUCAAAGAUAACCCAAGACGAGUUCCAAGAUGAGAUCCACUACUCCAUCAUCACCAACCUCAACAAGAGCACCGCGCGGGAGCGUGACCCUGAUGUGGAAUACGCCAUGUUAAAACAUUGAUGAAACGUUUUGUACAUUUGUAAAUCAACAAGCAGACAGAAUUCACCGUUUGUCAGUCUUCUAGCAUACAUUGAAGGGGUUGUCACACUCACU